GACGACACACACCAGAUGCAGAGGAAACUGCAGGACAUUAUCACGUUCAAUUUUGUACCAAACAUAAACAUUUAAAUUAGGCAGAACAUACACGAGAACUGCAUAAUAGAAGCAGAUGGAGCAACAACCCCGCUAGUAACAUAUAAAAAUGAAAGUCACAUUCCUGUUGGAGCUAUUACUAAUUCUGAUCAUUAUCGCAUUUGCCGCCUCCAAACCGGUCAAUGAUGAGGGACGAAAUGCACACAAAGGAACGCUCAUCUCUCGGCAGGCGGCAGAAGAUCUAGUUGCAGCAGCAGCACCGGUAGAUGGCGUCCCAGUUGCUCCCGUUGUUCCGGCUGCCGGUGGUGAUGACGACGAUGACGACGACGAUGAUUCCGACGAGUUCGAUCUCGGCGAUGACGAUGAUUCGGCCGAAGAUGAUGAUGACGAUGCGGACGAUGAUGAUGAUGAUGAGGAGGACAUCAUCGGAUCGGUCGAGGAUGAGAUCGACGAUGAUGACGAUGAUGAUGACGAUGAUGAUGAUGAUGAGGUAGCGGCACCGGUGGCCCCGGCGGCGGUUGUUGAUCAGCAGAAGCAGACGGCUAACCAGGUGGCACCGGCGGCUGCGGCGGCCGCUGCUGAGGAUGACGAUGACGACGAUGAUGAUGAUGAGGAGGACGAUGCGCUGUCUUUUUUUGGUGAUGACCUCCUAGGCGCCUUCGAUGAUGAUGAUGACGACGACGAUGAUGAUGAUGAUGAUGACGAUGAUGAUGAGGAUACCGUCGCAGCCGUACAGCCCGCCGUCCAGGCCGCUGCCGCCGUCGCCCAGCCAGUUGCCCAGGCCGCCGCCGAACCGGUGGCACAGGUCGCCGCUGCCGCUCCGGCCGCCGCCAAGAAGACGAAGAAGAAGGUCGCAGCCCAGAACACGCAGGCCCUGCUCGAUUUGGCCGAUGCGGCCGCAGCCCAGAACGAGGUGGACAGCGCGGUGAAGAAGCCGGCGGCGGAGGAGCUGGACGUGAACAGCGAGGUGAACAAGAUCGCCGAAACGCUGGCCAACCAGGGUGCGGCCGAGAGCGCAACCGAGACCGUCGCGGAUGAGGACGAGGAGGAGGAGGAGUACGACGAGGGCUCGCCAGAAAAGGUACAAAAUCAAAACACGAAUAACAAUAAAGUUGACGUUGUUGCGAACGCUCCAGCUCAGCCCGUAACCGUGACGAAGCCGGAGAAGAAACCGGCGACCGGCGGCGACGAUGACGACUACCUGUCCGCCCUGGUCGGUGACGAUGACGAUGACGACGAUGAUGACGACGAUGACGAUGACAGCGACGAGACGCCCGCCGGUGCCGUGGCUGCCGCGACCGGCCAGAAGGAGGACCAGCAGACGGUGAGCGGUGUCGCCGGAACGGAAGCGGACGAUGACGCGGAAGAUGAUGAUGACGACGAUGACGAUGACGAUAGCGAUGAGCUGAUCGACGAGAGCGCCGUGGAGGACAUUGCCGAGUCGGACGUGUGAGUGGGGAGCCGGUGGUUGUCCCACCAGCAUCACCUCCACCUCCCACCACCUGACGACGCAAGCCGUCUAUCCAAGCCAAGGAAGAAGGACACACACUCACACGUACACGUACACACACAAUCACACACACACACACAAACACAUACAUACAAACACAAAGAUGACUGAGAUCGAUCGUGGAUGAGGUGAGCGGGGUUCCAAUCACUGUGGGGUGGGGUGGGGUGGAACGGGAAGGGUCACUCAAGAGAAGUGAGGGUGUAUAGGACGAGAGAAAGAGAAGAAAACCAAACUGUAAAGAAGAUCCUCCGACCGCUAUGAUCGGAUGCGAUCAUUUUCCCAGCCACAACUACCUCCCCCUCCCCCCCAUCACCCCUUUCAGCCAUUCGUACGAUUCUGAGUUCCCACCAAAUGCUCCAAAGCGCUGCUCAAUCGACGGGGGAUCGGAUUCGCAUGAGCGUCCCUGCCUCCCACUACCCUCACCCACCCCCUGAGACCACCACCAUCAGAGACCUAUACCCUCUUCCCCCCCGAUGGAAGACACCCAGCAAAACCGACCGAACUCCAAUGCCGACCCUAUAUGUCCGUGCACCUCGUUGAAGGAGGUGGUAGAAAGAGUGAGAGAUAGGAGCGCAGAGAAGAAGCGGAAGCAAAGAUCAAUCAACAAAGCUGGGAGCAACCGAUUCGGGGCAGUUGCGACAACCGGCACUGGCACAAUCGCGACUGGCGUCGAUUGAUGCCCGCUGCAGCAGCCACCCUCUGUGCACACAAUCAGGAAUCACAACAACAGACGGACGAAGAACCCGAAAACUGACUAGGAGUUUUAAGAUAAUUUAUUUAUUUAUUUAAAUUAUUUAUU